AGGACGAGCGGUGUUAGUCGCAGCACACACACAGAGACAUACUUAUACACACGCACGCUGAAUACACAGGAGAAGAUAUUCCCUGUGAAAUCACCAUACACACCAGCACACACAGACACGCUUUCUGACGCGCUGGAAGUACAGAUGCGUCGGUUACUUGACCAGUAGAGGCGACAGUGUCCGAGUGUCUGUGUUGACCGACGCUUCGACGACGCGCUCUGAUUCCCAACUGCGAAGAGAAGAUGAGGUGCGGGAAGUUUCGGAGUCUCGGAUCGGUGGGGAUCUUUCUGUGGUUCGCGCUGCUGUUCAAAGGCUCUCUUCAGGGAGAGCACCAGAGGCGUCUGUAUAAGGAGCUGAUGGAGAACUACAAUCGUCUGGAGAGACCUGUCAUCAAUGAUUCCUCCCCCUUAUUGGUGGAGUUGGGAAUGACAUUGCUGCAGAUUAUUGACGUGGAUGAGAAGAACCAGGUGCUGAUGACGAAUGCCUGGCUGCAGCUGUACUGGACCGAUGUCUACCUGAGCUGGAACCCAGACAACUACCCAGGUGUACAGAACCUGCGCUUCCCGUCCAGUCAGAUAUGGACCCCUGACAUCCUUCUGUACAACAGUGCGGACGAACGUUUCGACGCCACCUUCCACACGAACGUGCUGGUCAACGCGUCGGGCUACUGCCAGUACAUCCCCCCAGGCAUCCUCAAGAGCACCUGCUACAUCGACGUGCGCUGGUUCCCCUUCGACGUGCAGAAGUGCGACCUGAAGUUUGGCUCAUGGACACACAACGGCUGGCUGCUGGACCUGCAGAUGCUGGCAGUGGACACGUCCACCUACAUUCCCAACGGAGAAUGGGACCUCGUAGGUGUCCCGUCCAAGCGUAACGAGCUGUACUACGACUGCUGUAAGGAGCCGUACCCGGACGUGACGUUCACGGUGACCAUGCGACGCCGGACGCUCUACUACGGCCUGAACCUCAUCCUGCCCUGCAUGCUCAUCUCCGGCCUCGCCCUGCUCGGCUUCCUGCUGCCCGCCGGCUCCGGAGAGAAGAUCUCCCUCGGGAUAACAGUCUUGCUGUCGCUGACGGUGUUCAUGCUGCUGGUGGCAGAGAUCAUGCCCGCCACCUCCGACUCUGUCCCGCUCAUCGCUCAGUAUUUCGCGAGCACCAUGAUGAUCGUCGGGCUGUCGGUGGUCGUCACAGUCCUGGUGCUGCAAUUCCAUCACCACGAUCCGCACGCGGGAAAGAUGCCCAAAUGGGUGCGAGUGGUGCUGUUGAACUGGUGCGCCUGGUUCCUCCGCAUGAAGCAGCCGGGUGAAGACCUCAAGCUGAAGCAGCAACAGCAGCUACAGCAGCAGCAGCAACAACAGCAGCAGCAGCAGCAACAGCAGUCCUCUGGCUACAAGUACCGCCACCCGCCCACCCACCACUCCAGCUCCAGCAGCAUGGAGAUGGGCGCCAUCCCCGGCCUCACCCACCCGCUGCACCCAGCCGCGCUCUCCCCCUCGCCCACGCCCACCGGCGCCAGCAACGGCACCAUGAACCUCUACUUCAGCUACCACGCCCUGGACGCCAUGCCUGCCAGCUGCCAGCAGCAGCAGCAGCAGCCGCCCCUCAGCACCGACUCCGGGAUGGUGCUCGGCGGUCCGCGCUGCAUCUCUGGGGACGAGCGCGACGUCCCUGUGUCGGCGGCGGUGGCGGGCGGGCGCUGUUGGAACCGAAAGCUUUCGCUGGAGAUCCGCCCGCAUCUGGGACGAGGUGACGACAUCGGCAUGGCCUUCGGCCUCUUCUCCAUCAUCUGCACCUUCUCCAUCCUCAUGUCGGCGCCCAACUUCAUCGAGGCCGUCUCCAAGGACUUCACAUAA